AAAAUUGAUAUUCAAGAACUCCAUAUAUUCACAUUCAGUGGUUUGUAUAUGCACAUUCAGUAGUUAGUCUUCCCCUCCCAAUAAAUAGCAUUAAAAGCUAUUGAUUUCAACUCUAAAUUAUUACCUUUAGGAUUCCAAACACAGCAGCGAAGAUGAAGGUUGAGAUCAUCAAAACAGAGAUCAUAAAACCAUCUUCACCAACUCCUCCCCACCUCAAAACCUUUAAGCUCUGCCUUAUGGAUCAACUUGCACCAGUAGUUUAUGGUUCUCUGGUUUUUUUCUACCAAGCCAAGAACAACAUCACAGUUCAACAGACAUCCCAACAUCUGAAGAAAUCAUUGUCCGAAACCUUAACUCGAUUCUACCCUCUCGCCGGAACAAUCAAAGGCAACAGUAUCGUCGAAUGCAACGAUGAUGGAGCUCAUUUUAUUCAAGCUCGAGUUCAUGGUUUGCUCUCAACAUAUCUCCAAAAACCCAAUUCCGAGCUACUUCACAGACUCCUUCCAAUGGAGGUUGAAUCUCCUAAAGCAGCCACAGGUCCUAUCUUACUUAUUCAAGCUAAUUUCUUCGACUGCGGUGGAUUCGCAAUUGCUAUAUUCUUCUCACACAAGUUAGCAGACGCAUCCACCGUAGGCAUAUUCCUCAAAGGCUGGUCUGCCACUGCUCUUGGCCAUGGUGAUAAAGUAGUUCCGGUUUUCAACGCCGCGUCGGAAUUCCCACCGAGAGAAUUCUCAACCCAACGGCCUGCGGUGGUGUUGGAAAAGGCUAAACCUGUUGUGAAGAGGUUCGUGUUUGAUGGAUCAAAGAUGGCGAUGCUUAAGUCCAAAGCUGCAAGUUUAAGCGUGCCACAACCUACUCGGGUUGAAGCUGUAUUUGCCGUGAUAUGGAGAUCUAUAAUUGCUGCAUGGAAAUCAAACUCAGGGGUUUCAAAGCACUCUGUUUUGACACAAUCUGUGAACAUUCGCAAACGGAUUGACCCGCCAUUGGAAGAGAAUUGUACUGGAAAUCUUGUAGGUUACUUGGCUGCAAAAACAGAAAAGGAGAGCGAGACAGAGGUGAGAAAUUUGGUUGCUCAAAUUAGGAAAAGCAAAAAAGAAUUUGCUGAAAACCAAGUAAAGAUUUUUAGAGACAAAAAUGCAUUUGAAAUGUUAUGCGAGUAUUUUAAAGCAGCAGGGGAGAUGAUCAGAAGAGAUGAUAUAAAUUUCUUGAUCACCACCAGUUUAUGCAACUUGGGAUUAUAUGAGACAGAUUUUGGGUUGGGAAAGCCUUUGUGGGUUUCUAUUCCUACCGGUUCGUCGAAGAACAUAGUGGCGUUGAUAGAUACAAGUGGUGGUGGUGGUGGAAUAGAGGCUUGGGUUUGUUUGAGUGAGGAAGACAUGGCAGUGUUUGAACGUGAUCCUGAGCUUCUUGGAUUUGCCACACCAAAUCCAAGUGUUUUAGACCCUGUCAAGUGGAGAUCUGCCCUUUAAAUUUUUAUUAGUGGUGUUGUCAAUUUGUGAUGUUUCUCAUUAGGUUAAAGUUCUGUUGUUGCUUUUUUUUUGGUUGGAUAAUAAAGAUUUUAGGGGCAAGUUGCAGAUCAAAUUAUGUACAAAUAUGGUAAUUUCAUAUGUACAAUAUGGUAAUUUCGUCUAAUCUGUACCAAGGAAACAACUUGUUCAUGUGUAAAUUAUUAUUAUUAUUUUGUUUUGGGUAAUUUGUUCCUGUGUAAUUCAGAUUCAAUUUGUUGAUGUACAAGGGAUUUGUGUUGAGGAGUUA